AUGGCCAGCACAGAAUACAGGCACAACAGCAACAACAUGCACACACAGAAAUGGCCAAAUACAAGGCCCUCUUGCAGACUGCCGAGCCGACUCCUCCUACUGUUCCAUUUGGUGCUGCUGCUGCCUUCUGGGACCAUCGCCUUCUGCCCCUCGAAAUGCCAAUGCCUCGGCGGCGAUGCCAACAGCCGGGCGCUGUGCGUGGACGCGGCCCUAGAGGAUGUGCCCAUACAGCUGAAUCCGGAGACCAAGUACAUAAAUCUAACACUAAAUCGCAUACGUAAUCUCGAGUUUACGUUGCCCUUCUAUAUGAAGCUGGAGGUGCUAGACUUGUCGCAGAACAUCAUAGAGACGCUGGGCUCUAAGAACUUCGAGUACCAGACCGAGUUACGGACGCUUAACCUGAGCCGUAACAUGGUCAGUGCUCUACACAAGCACGCCUUUAAGGGCCUUAGUAAUCUGCAACUACUGGAUCUUAGCUAUAACCGCAUCGAGACCGUGCACCCCACUGCCCUGGGCGACUUGGCAGCGCUAGUCGAGCUCGAUCUGACCAACAAUAAUAUUGUCAGUUUGGAGGACAACUGCUUUAAGGGCAUGUUGACGCUGGAGGUGCUCGUGUUUCGCAACAACCGACUGCUCGAUGUGCCCGCGAGCAAUCUGUGGCAUCUGCAUGCGCUCAAGAGCCUCGACAUGUCUGACAACCUGGUGGAGUUUGUGCGCAACGACAGCUUUGAGGGUCUUAAGGAGCUGUUGGCGCUGAGCAUGCGCGGCAAUGUAAUGUCCGAGCUGGACUUGAGCGCCUUUGAAGGACUUAUAUCGCUGAAGCACUUGGACUUGGCGGACAACAAUCUAACGAUGGUGCCCACACAGCAGCUCUCGAAACUUUCAAAUCUCACUUAUUUGAACUUGAGCGGCAAUCGCUUUGCGCAACUGCCCGCAGUGGCAUUUCUGAAUUUGUUUCAUUUGCGCGAAUUGCAUUUGAGCCGCUUGGACUAUUUGCAGCGCAUCGAUUCGAGAGCAUUUGUGGACAACACGCACUUGCAGACUCUCCAGUUGAACUACAACCCACAACUCAGCGACAUACCCAUGCGUCUGUUCCAGGGGAAUCCCAACAUAUUGGAGGUCUAUAUGCAGAGUAACAGCCUCCGCACACUCUACUCAGCGCAGUUUCCCGUGGAUCAGCUGCAGAAACUCUACCUGGGCGACAAUCCGCUGCAAUGCAACUGCUCGCUCCUGUGGCUCUGGCGCCUGGUCACGGGAAACUUUGAGGGAGCGGAACCACCAUUGCAGCACUCCCCAGGAGCCGCUGUUGCCGCUCUAGCCAAGGAGGAGGACAGCACGACGUCCGCGAACGAUGGCGUGGCCGCCCUAGCAGCCUACAUAGCUGAGCAGCACAUAGCCAAUGCAUUGCACACCACCGAACCGAGCGCUUACGAUCAGAGUCUGGAGGCAGCCGCGGCGGCCAGCAGCAACUACUUGCGCCUUGACCGGCAGCAGAUUGGAUGCGACGUCUGGCGCGAUAAUGUCCGCAAGCGCCGCCAACUCCUGAGCAUGAGUGAGAGCGAGAUCACCUGCCCGGCACACAUUGUGACCGUCGUGUGCGCCGUAAUUACCUGCCUGCUGGUGAUUAUGAUCGCCAUCAGCGUCCUGUACUACUUGCGCUUUGUGAAACGUCGACGCAAACUGCUCCACGAGCGCGGACCACUGCGCACGAGCAAGUCGAUCAUCAAUGUGCACGACCGCAUAUUGCAGCACCAGGCGCGGGGCGCACCUGGCAUGAGCCUAACUCUCGGUGGAGGCAUGGGGGGCGGCGGAGGCUUGGCCAUGAACUACACGCAUCAUGCGCAGACCCUACAGGCGCACCAACACUAUCAUCAAGCUAUCCCGUUGCAGGGCCAGCCCCUGCAUGCCAGCGGAGGCGGAGGGCACGACUAUCAGCAGACGACGUUGCCGCAGCUCGAUAAGCUGGAGCUGGAGCGCUACCUGGCCGCGCAGACGAUCGCCAACGAAUAUCGUGCCUUGAAGCCGUGGGAGUUGCCCGGCAAGGACGCCGACGACGAGCCGGAGCAUCUGUACGAAAAGUUUGACCACUACGAUUACCCAGACACACAAACCAUGACCAAGCUGAAGCAGGCGGCUGCGCUUCAGGUGGCGAGUGGAGCCGGCAAUGGGGGCGGGGCCAAGCCCCACGUGGUCUAUGUAUGA